UUUUGUAAAAGAAAACAUCAAACGAGAGAAGCGUAAUAGCAAUAUUAUCGGAGGCGUUGGACUUGGUGGGCUUGGCGGUGUGGCUGCUGGUGCUAUUGCUGGGGCGUUUGUAGGCCCUAUUGGUAUGGUUAUUGGGGCAGGGGUGGGUGCUGUUGCUGGUGCAGUUUCGGGUGGAAUUAUUGGCUCUUGUGUUGAUUAAAUACUCUAUUUUUUUAAAUUUAAAUUUCAAAAUAAUGAAAUACUAUGUAUGUUUUUCAACAAUUUUAUAAGUCCCCCAACAUUCAAAAUGAUUUAAGCAUUAUCUCCAAUUUAGCAGCAAAAACCUUAUUUGAUUAUCAGUGUCUAUUUCCGAUCCGAAAUAAAAUUGUUGAUAAUAUUCUUUGAAAUUCUCAUUAUAUUAAUGCUUUUUACACUUAUUAAAUUUUUUCACGAUUUGUUGUUUAAAAAUUAAAGGAGGAAUUUUUGUUCUCCCUAAAUAUUAUUUAUUAUUCUAUAAUAUUUCUUAAAUUUUUCAUUAAAAUUAAUUUAUUGCUUUUAGAAAACAUUUUUAAAUCUCUACUGUUCUCAAGAUAUGAAUGGCAAUCCGGAUUUCAAUGAAGAUACUGAUGAUGAAAAAAUCCUUAAAAAUCUAAUUACAACAGUUAAUGAACUUAUUGAUAUAAAUAGACAAGUAGUAAACGAAAUUGAGGAAGUAAAGGAAAUUAAAGAACAACAAAAUGAAAUUGUGACAAUUUUGGAGGAAGAUAAUAGACGAAAUAAUCGACUUUCAAAAAAUUUUUCGAACAAAAAAAGAUUUUCUUUCUCGGGAGAAUUUGCUGGAGGUUGUCUUGUUGGAGCUCUUUUGGGAGUUGCUGCAUGUUUAGGUGCUCUAAACUUUCCUAUAGUUGGAAUUGGUCUGGGUGGAGGUACUUUGGCUGUUGGAAUUAUUGGAUAUUUCAUAUUCAAAUAA